AUGCUUUACGCUGCUCAGCUGGCUUUAGAUGAGGCCAAAUAUGCGAGAAUGCUUAAGCAGGAGAUGUCAAGCCUAGUGGAGGCAGAGGCUCCGUACAAGCAGCUUCAGAGCAUCAAAGAGCCCAGCAUUCUCAAUGCGAUUGGAGAGGUGGUGGACGUGGCGAACGGAGUGCGGAUGACGCUCAUCCAUCAACGAGCGUCUCCUGAAGAGCCUAUCGAGGAGCUUAUCCUGUCGAUCCAAGGAUAUCUCGUAGAGGCCAAUCUCCCUCCUAUUCGGAAGAUGGAUGUUCCUCGGUCCAAUCAUCGGAUCAUUGGUCUUAGCCAGUCAGUCGUUAUCUCUGGCCUUGGUGAGGGCCUGUUCCAAGACGCGGUGCAGGUUCAGUACUGGGAGCGUACAAUGAAGGAGUCCAAGGCAACAUACACAAAGAUCAAGCCUCACCAGAUCAACAUCUCAAACCUAGUGAGCUACAGAUCGCUUUCACAGUGGUUCGCCUUCCCCGACAGGAACCGUACUGUCGAGAAGGACUUCAAUCUAGCUUCAAUUGCAGCUUUGACAAAGCGUGCCAAGUCUCCCAGACGUCCUUUGAAGCGCAAGGUCGGCUACGGCGACAGCGAGGAAGAUGACACAGACUCUGUGUUGAAGCGUAUGCGCUUGGACGAUAGUGACUUGCAGGACAGCGCAGUUGUAUCUCAGACAGAUGUGCCUAUGGCUGGGUAG